AUGGCUAUUCAACGUCUAGUAGCUAGAAAUGAUCAGUUCAAUGCCCACGACAUCGGCCGUCAACUUCGCCGCGACGUGACGCCCGAGGAAUGCUAUCAAUGCGAAUCCGCUUAUGGAUAUGUACGACAAAUGCAACGGAACGAGAAGCUUUGCGCAGGCGAUGCCUUUUACGACUUAUACUCGAUCUGCGUUGGAUGUAUCGAAGACAAUAUCGACUCGGGAAGUCCAAGAGACUAUGUUGAACCAAAUUUAGGCCGAUACGUCGACUAUUGUGCGCAGUUCACUUCCCUCACUAAAUGGGCUGCAAUGGGAGCUACUUCGGCGACUUCGGCCACUCUUCAGACUCGGAGUACAACCGCCGUUUCGGCUGAGGAAACAAAUGGUGCAAUUGCGACUGAAGCCAGCAUUACAGAUAGAACUACAGAGCAGACAGAGACAUCGGUACCUGUUUCUAGCACCAGCGCUAUGCCGCCAACGACAACGGGAGUAACCCAAUCUGGAGGUUCAGCCAUUGCGUCAAAUACUCCUAAGAAAGAUAGCUCAAGUUCCAGUAAAGCGUGGAUCGCUGGUGCUGUUGUCCCUUCUGUACUCUUUCUUGCUGCGGCUGUUGCAUUAGCGAUCUGGUGGCGGAAGCGACGAACCAGGACACAAAAAGUCCCCAAAACUCCUCAUGUAGAUGAGGUAGCGGGGACGUCGGGCUAUGAUAAGCCGGAACUUGAUUCUCAGGGCAUUGCGCGACCAAUAUGCAAAGAAGAGGCUAUAAAGAGUACGAGUACAGCUGUGCAUGAUACUGUUAUCUUACCAGUACCUGCUGAGAUGCCUGAGAAUGGUUUGAACAUGGUAGAGCUUCAUGGUGAAGCAACAGGAGCCACAGGACACAACCACGGCUCCGGGCCCUACUACGAACUUCCAGCCACUGGAGCCACGUGCAGUUCGUUUGGAGUUGUUCUUAAUCAAGAUGGAAAGUUUAUCGUGGCCUUUCGCUCUGAGCUUAUUCUAUAUAACAACGUCGACGUGCUCGUCAUCGGGGCCGGCCCAACUGGUCUCGGAGCGGCCAAGCGUCUUCAGCAUCUAAACAGUGUUGACUGGCUCAUUGUUGACUCCAACGAGACACCUGGUGGCCUCGCAUCCACCGACAUAACCCCCGAGGGCUUCCUCUUCGAUGUUGGUGGACAUGUCAUCUUCUCCCACUACAAGUACUUCGACGAUGUCAUCAACGAAGCUCUUCCCAAACCUGAUGAUUGGUAUGAGCAUCAACGUAUCUCAUAUGUCCGCUACCAAGGUCUUUGGGUCCCGUACCCUUUCCAGAAUAACAUCGCAGUUUUACCCAAAGAGGAGCAAGCUCGUUGUCUUGCCGAUCUUAUCGACGCAGCCAUUCAAGCCCGUGCCCGUUCACCAUCUGAUAAACCAGCAAAUUUUGACGAGUGGAACAUUCGCCACGUUGGUGAGAGACUGAAUGAGAUCUUUAUGAGGCCUUAUAACUUCAAAGUCUGGGCUGUUCCUACAACCAAGAUGAACUCUACCUGGGUUGGAGAACGCGUCGCCGCACCUAACGUCAAGCUCGUGACCACCAACGCUAUUCUUGGUAAAGCAGCUGGUGGAUGGGGUCCGAACGCUACGUUCCGCUUCCCUGCUCGUGGUGGAACAGGAGGGAUCUGGACCGCUGUUGCGGAUACACUUGAUCAAAGCAAGACUCGCUUUGGAGAUCAAGGUGCGGUUACCAAGAUCGAUGCUGAUGCCAAAACAGUCUAUCUGAAAGAUGGAACCACAGUGAAGUACGGUGCACUUAUCUCUACCAUGGCUGUCGAUCAGCUAGCAGAGACUAUUGGUGAUGUUGAACUUCAGAAGUCCCUCAAGCCACUUUACUACUCCUCCACCAACGUGAUUGGUGUCGGUAUUCGUGGAAAGCGACCUGAUCGUAUUGGCGAUAAGUGCUGGCUCUAUUUCCCCGAAGACAAUGCUCCGUUCUACCGAGCUACCAUCUUCUCAAACUACUCGCCUUACAAUCAACCCAGCGACGACGUCAAACUUGCUACCAAACAGCUUGCCAAUGGUGACAAGCCUGCUUCGUCGGAACCUGCUUCAGGCCCAUACUGGUCGAUCAUGCUUGAGGUCUCCGAGUCUUCCUACAAGCCCGUGAACCAGGCCACUCUUCUCGAAGAGAGUAUCAAAGGCUUGAUCAACACAGAUUUACUCAAACCGGGUGAUGAAAUUGUCAGCACGUAUAUCCGCCGUUUCGACCAUGGAUAUCCAACCCCCACUCUCGAACGCGACGCUGCUCUGUCCGAGGCCUUGCCUUACCUAUACGACAAGGAUAUUCUGUCUCGAGGUCGCUUCGGAGCGUGGAAGUAUGAGGUUGGAAAUCAGGACCACAGUUUCAUGCAGGGUGUGGAGGCAGUUGACAACAUUAUCUCUGGCGGUCUGGAAUUGACACUCUCCAACCCCGAUUUUGUCAACUCUCGAAAGAAUACUGAGCGUCGUCUAGCUGGUAUCAAGGGUGCUCGGAAAUAG